UUCAUCCCUGAUAACUUAUUAUUUGUCCGUUAUGACGAAUGUGUAAACCGUUUAGCGGAAGAUUCGGAUGCUUUUGGCUUUAUAUUAAUUCAUACUGAUGAACGGAGGACACUUGUGGAUUCUUCAGGAAGAUAAACCGGCUUUAUCCCAGCAUGUCCCGCAGGAAACAGGCUAAGCCACAGUAUGUUCUCCUCGAUCAUGCGAUGGAGAACGAGCCCAGUCCAACCUGCGAUGUCCAUAUUUGUGAACAAUGCUGUGCUGAAUUUUCCAGUGUAUCAGAGCUCUAUCAACAUCAGAAAGACUGUUCUAAAGACCAGUUAGUUCUGAUAGUAAGUGAAAAUGAAAGCCUGGAUUCUCCACCUUGUGCUCUCACAGUUAACUCACCAUUCUUCAACACUGAGGGGCAUUCGGAUGGAGCGACAAAUAACGACAGUACAGAGGAUCUCGGUGACUCCUCUAAUGAGGGAACAUUAUUGGAAGUUGAAGAGCCCUUAGAUGUAUUUGAAAAUGGCAUUCAAGGCGUUGAUGAUGGCUUGAGCUCUGCAUACUCAGCUUCGCUACCUCAAGACAUUGCUUUACUUGAGUUGUGUAAAUUAUCAGCCAUUAAUAGCAAUGUCUUCAUUGAGAACCUUGAAAACACCAAAGUUGCUGUUGCUCAAUUCUCACAGGAAACAUCUUUAAAGGCAAGUUGCAUAAAUGCUAGCAAUGCCAAAAAGGUUGAUUCGGGGUUGAUCGAGCAGCUGUUAGCAUUGCAACAACAGCAGGUGCAACAGCUAAAACUAAUUGAGGAAAUACGCGACCAAAUAAUGCUAUUAGCAACUCAAAACUCUAAAACACCUUUGGUUACAAACUCCAAUGGUUUGUCUCAAGCCAGAUCACUGAUAAAAUUCAGCUCACAGCUUUCUGAACAGCUCACAGCAGCUGCUGGGCUAGCAGAAAACUUAGCUGCUAAUGCUAAACAGUCUACGCAUGUUGUUCCUCAGAACAACCAAGAUGGCUUGAGGGGUGAAAAGGACGACUCGAAGGUAGCUUCUAAAAUCAGAGACAACCCUUUGCCAAUAGAGCUUGACAUUAAUCAGAUUGGUAAUCAAUCUUUGCAUGAUAUCAAAGUAACCAGUAAAGUUGAUGGUGGAGCUAAUUUAAAAACGCCGUCACCAUCUCCUGCUUCAGAUGUGAUUAUAAACAAACUGGAGCUGCCCCAUAAACCAAACAGUUUUAAUAUAUCUGCAAACUCCUUGCCUAGUAUUGGGGCAAUUGUGGAGGACUUGAACGCUUUGACUGCUCUUGCCCAACACCGGAAAGCCAAACCCGUGAAUGUGAGUUUAUACGAACACAAGAGGCCAUCUGAAGAUUGUAUAUUCAAGCACAAAUGCAGGUUCUGUGCCAAAGUGUUCGGAAGUGACAGCGCUUUGCAAAUACACCUGCGGUCCCACACUGGAGAGCGACCCUAUAAAUGCAACAUAUGCGGAAAUCGAUUUUCCACUCGGGGAAAUCUCAAAGUCCAUUUCCAGCGGCAUAAGGAGAAGUAUCCGAACAUACUAAUGAAUCCUUAUCCGGUUCCAGAGCAUUUAGAUAGUGUCCCGACAAGCACAGGUAUUCCAUAUGGCAUGUCUCUGCCUCAGGAGAAACCUCCUUUAAACUGGUUGGAUAGUAAACCUCUAGUAGGCAACUCUAUUGGCUUCAUGCUUCCACCAUCUUUGCCAAGUCUUCCACUCAUCAUCAAAAAAGAGGAGGAAGGGGUAUCGAUAACCAAACCUCAUAGUCCUGCUGUCAGUGAGCUGACUAAGAGAAUUAAUGGCCACCAAAAGGGAUUUAUUUGUAGCCCUCCUAUAAUUUCAAAUGAGAAAUUUCAAGAGGUCAACAGACACUUAAGUGUCUCUACCCUACUGAGAUCCUCAAGGGAAGGUUCAAGAGAAGACAUUGCUAUUAAUACCUCGGUCAAUACAAGCUUAAUUACUGAGCUCAAAUCAGAGCAGCUUGAAGCCAGAUUUCUUUUGGGAAGUCUUCCAAAUCCCCUUGAAGCAUCUGAGACGUCAAAGCUGGAGCAAUUGGUGGAUAACAUUGACAAGACGUACACUGACCCCAAUGAGUGUGGAAUCUGCCACAGAGUUCUAAGCUGUCAAAGUGCCCUUAAAAUGCAUUUCCGCACCCAUACUGGUGAACGGCCAUUCAAAUGUAGAGUAUGUGGACGGGCUUUUACAACCAAGGGCAAUCUUAAGACGCACUACAGCAUUCAUCGUUCCAUGCCACCUCUAAGGAUUCAGAAUUCUUGUCCCAUAUGUCAAGAAAAGUUUACAAAUGCAAUGGUUCUGCAGCAGCACAUUCACAUGCACAUGGGCGGUCACAUUCCCAAUUUCCCAAUGCAUGAUAGCAGUGCAGAACUCAUGGACCAGGACUUGGUAGAAAGCAUGGAUACCUUCCCCAAUGAGAACACAGACACUAUGCAAGGUGUAUCUGAUUUAAAAAACCCAGACUCUUUACCAGAAAGUUUAUGCUCUUCUCCUGCUUCUUCAGUGUUUGCCAGAUCAAAUGGGUCAGAGAGUCAGAUCACGGUUUCAAAUCUGGAGAAUUUGGAGAACACUAGUAAAUUGGCUAUUGGGGCAGGAUCAGUUGAUGGAGACUGCUUAACCCAAGGAUUGUCUUCUCAAAACAGGGAGCAUGAGAGUCUUAGGAGGAGGAUUUCAUCUGAAACAGCAGUCUCCUGGAGCCCGUCCUCCCCUAAAGGAUACACAACAAUUGACCCCAAAUCUGCUGAAUUAAGCAACUCUAAUCUCACAGUGUCUAGGCUACUUGAUGGAGCAUCUGGAGAAGUACAGAAAGAUACCUUGACCAUGAUCUUUCCCUACAUUCAACAGGGAUCCCUAAAAAGUAAUGUUUGUGAUAUCUGCAACAAGAUGUUUGCCUGCCAAAGUGCUUUGGAUAUUCACUAUCGAAGUCACACCAAAGAACGCCCAUUCAUCUGCACUGCGUGUAACAGAGGAUUCUCAACCAAAGGUAACCUCAAACAACACAUGCUUACUCACCAGAUGCGAGAAUUACCUUCACAGUUGUUUGAGCCAGCAAAUAAGAUCCUGGUUCUUCCACCACACCACCUUAUACCUUUGGUGGAACCAAACAUUCCUUCAAAGAGAAUUGAGCCAAAUGGGUUCAUUAAAAAAGAUCUGAAAGAUUCACCCUCAUGUAUAUUUAGCUCAUCGGCUUCCACAAUGCCCGUACUCCCUACACCAACGCUUCGGCGAACAGCUAAACAGCACUUCUGCCAGACAUGCGGGAAGACCUUCUCCUCUUCAAGUGCACUGCAAAUUCACGAGAGAACCCACACCGGUGAGAAACCCUUCGCCUGCAACAUAUGUGGACGUGCAUUUACCACUAAAGGAAAUUUGAAGGUUCAUAUGGGGACUCACAUGUGGAGCAGUUCUCCAGCCAGACGAGGUCGCAGGCUUUCUGUUGAUGGUCCAUAUAUUAGAUCCAACUCUGAGCGAUCUCAAGAUGGCCACCCAAAAGAUGUUGUAGGUAAAGUACGUAACGGGGAAUCGGUAGGCCUAUGGAGCCAACACCAAAACAGUAGUGGUUUGAGCAUGAGGACAAAUGAAAUACCUGUUAUUCAAAAUGGUGCCAUACCUCACCUGUCGAUUUCUGCUGGGCAUCUGGAAAACUUGGAAAAACUGCAACUCAACAGAGCUUUACCUUGGCUUGAGAGAUUGAGCAAGAAUGGUGCAGCAUUUCAUUUCCGGCAACUGGUUGAAGAUAGUAAAGCAACACUGAUGGAUUGAGUUUGGUCUUUUAGGAAAAAAGUGAUGCAAUUUCUUUGGGAAUUUUGUACAAGUGAAGACUGUGUAGUUAGGUUAUUUUUAAAUAAUUAGCUUUUUAGGUCAGAUAUUUAAAAUUGAAGUAAUGUUGAUUGUAUAAAUUAAUUAGUUGUUUUGCUGAGCAAGUAUUGCUAAUAUGCAGCUAUGGUGGAUUAUUUAGCAGUUUUGGUGGUUUAAUAAUUUCAGCAACAUGUUUGCUAAACUCUUGGUUGUGAUAUGUUUUGCAAUGAGGUACAUUUUGUAUUAUUUCAUGGAGAAACUAAUUCAUAUACCUCCAUCAAAAUGAUUGAUCGGUCAGUGUUUCGCAUUGAUUUAAU